AAGGCGGCAUCCGAGAUGUGGCGGGGCCGUUGUUUCUCGUUGUAGCCGCAGUUCCCGGUCUCGUCUUCACUGCUGUGUGUCCUCAGCCUCUGUGGCCCUGUAACCUGCGGCAUUGGAAGAUCCACAGCUAACAUGCCAGGUGCCCCUGGCAGCCUAGAAAUGGGACCACUGACAUUUAGAGAUGUGACCAUAGAAUUCUCUCUGGAGGAGUGGCAAUGCCUGGACACGGUUCAGCAGAAUUUAUAUAGGGAUGUUAUGUUAGAGAACUACAGAAACCUGGUCUUCCUGGGUAUGGCUGUCUUUAAGCCAGACUUGAUAACUUGUCUGAAGCAAGGGAAAGAGCCUUGGAAUAUGAAGAGACAUGAGAUGGUAACUAAACCCCCAGUUAUGCGUUCUCAUUUUACACAAGACCUUUGGCCAGAUCAGAGCACAAAAGAUUCUUUCCAAGAAGUAAUACUGAGAACAUAUGCAAGAUGUGGACAUAACAAUUUACGAUUAAGAAAAGAUUGUAAAAGUGCCAAUGAGGGUAAGAUGCAUGAAGAAGGUUAUAAUAAACUUAACCAAUGUAGGACAACUACCCAGAGAAAAAUAUUUCAGUGUAACAAAUAUAUGAAAGUCUUUCAUAAAUAUUCAAAUAGAAAUAAGGUUAGACACACUAAAAAGAAAACUUUCAAAUGUAUAAAAUGUAGCAAAUCAUUUUUCAUGCUUUCAUGCUUAAUUCGACAUAAGAGAAUUCAUAUUAGACAGAAUAUCUACAAAUGUGAAGAACGUGGCAAAGCCUUUAAAUCGUUCUCAACCCUUACUAAACAUAAGAUAAUUCAUACUGAAGACAAACCUUACAAAUGUAAGAAAUGUGGCAAUGCCUUUAAAUUUUCUUCAACGUUCACUAAACAUAAGAUAAUUCAUACUGGAGAGACACCCUUCAGAUGUGAAGAAUGUGGCAAAGCUUUUAACCAGUCCUCAAAUCUUACUGACCAUAAGAGAAUUCAUACUGGAGAGAAAACCUACAAAUGUGAAGAAUGUGGCAAAGCUUUUAAAGGGUCCUCAAAUCUUAAUGCACAUAAGGUAAUUCAUACUGCAGAGAAACCCUACAAAUGUGAAGAUUGUGGCAAAACUUUUAACCAUUUCUCAGCCCUUAGAAAACAUAAGAUAAUUCAUACUGGAAGGAAACCCUACAAGCGUGAAGAAUGUGGCAAAGCUUUUAGCCAGUCCUCAACCCUUAGAAAACAUGAGAUAAUUCAUACUGGAGAGAAACCCUACAAAUGUGAAGAAUGUGGUAAAGCUUUUAAGUGGUCUUCAAAACUUACUGUACAUAAGGUAGUUCAUACUGGAGAGAAACCCUACAAAUGUGAAGAAUGUGGCAAAGCUUUUACCCAGUUCUCAACCCUUAAAAAACAUCAGAUAAUUCAUACUGGAAAGAAACCCUACAAAUGUGAAGAAUGUGGCAAAGCUUUUAACAGUUCCUCAACCCUUAUGAAACAUAAGAUAAUUCAUACUGGGGAGAAACCGUACAAAUGUGAAGAAUGUGGCAAAGCUUUUAGGCAAUCCUCACACCUUACUAGACAUAAAGCAAUUCAUACUGGAGAGAAACCCUACAAAUGUGAAGAAUGUGGCAAAGCUUUUAACCAUUUCUCAGACCUUAGAAGACAUAAGAUAAUUCAUACUGGAAAGAAACCCUACAAAUGUGAAGAAUGUGGGAAAGCUUUUAGCCAGUCCUCAACCCUUAGAAACCAUCAGAUAAUUCAUACUGGAGAGAAACCCUACAAAUGUGAAGAAUGUGGUAAAGCUUUUAAGUGGUCAUCAAAACUUACUUUACAUAAGGUAAUUCAUACUGGAGAGAAACCCUGCAAAUGUGAAGAAUGUGGCAAAGCUUUUAAGCAUUUCUCAGCCCUCAGAAAACAUAAGGUAAUUCAUACUAGGGAGAAAUUGUACAAAUGUGAAGAAUGUGGCAAAGCUUUUAACAAUUCCUCAAUCCUUGCUAAACAUAAGAUAAUUCAUACUGGGAAGAAACCGUACAAAUGUGAAGAAUGUGGCAAAGCUUUUAGGCAAUCCUCACACCUUACUAGACAUAAAGCAAUUCAUACUGGAGAGAAACCUUACAAAUGUGAAGAAUGUGGCAAAGCUUUUAGCCAUUUCUCAGCCCUUAGAAGACAUAAGAUAAUUCAUACUGGAAAGAAACCGUACAAAUGUGAAGAAUGUGGCAAAGCUUUUAGCCAUUUCUCAGCCCUUAGAAGACAUAAGAUAAUUCAUACUGGAGAGAAACCCUACAAAUGUGAAGAAUGUGGUAAAGCUUUUAAGUGGUCAUCAAAACUUACUGUACAUAAGGUAAUUCAUAUUGCAGAGAAACCCUGCAAAUGUGAAGAAUGUGGCAAAUCUUUUAAGCAUUUCUCAGCCCUUAGAAAACAUAAGUUAAUUCAUACUAGGGAGAAAUUGUACAAAUGUGAAGAAUGUGUCAAAGCUUUUAACAGUUUCUCAGCCCUUAUGAAACAUAAGGUAAUUCAUACUGGAGAGAAACCCUACAAGUGUGAAGAAUGUGGUAAAGCUUUUAAGUGGUCCUCAAAGCUUACUGUACAUAAGGUAAUUCAUACUGGAGAGAAACCCUGCAAAUGUGAAGAAUGUGGCAAAGCUUUUAAGCAUUUCUCAGCCCUUAGAAAACAUAAGGUAAUUCAUACUGGAAAGAAACCCUAUAAAUGUGAAGAAUGUGGCAAAGCUUUUAGCCAAUCCUCAACCCUUAGAAAACAUGAGAUAAUUCAUAGUGGAGAGAAACCCUACAAAUGUGAAGAAUGUGGUAAAGCUUUUAAGUGGUUGUCAAAACUUACUGUACAUAAGGUAAUUCAUACUGCAGAGAAACCCUGCAAAUGUGAAGAAUGUGGCAAAGCUUUUAAGCAUUUCUCAGCCCUUAGAAAACAUAAGAUAAUUCAUACUGGAAAGAAACCCUACAAAUGUGAAGAAUGUGGCAAAGCUUUUAAUGAUUCCUCAACCCUUAUGAAGCAUAAGAUAAUUCAUACUGGGAAGAAACCAUACAAAUGUACAGAAUGUGGCAAAGCUUUUAAGCAAUCCUCACAUCUUACUAGACAUAAAGCAAUUCAUACUGGGGAGAAACCCUACAAAUGCGAAGAAUGUGGCAAAGAUUUUAACAAUUCCUCAACCCUUAAGAAACAUAAGCUAAUUCAUACUAGGGAGAAAUUGUACAAAUGUGAAGAAUGUGUCAAAGCUUUUAACAAUUUCUCAGCCCUUCUGAAACAUAAGAUAAUUCAUACUGGGGAGAAACCCUACAAAUGUGAAGAAUGUGGUAAAGCUUUUAAGUGGUCCUCAAAACUUACUGAACAUAAGGUAAUUCAUACUGGAGAGAAACCCUGCAAAUGUGAAGAAUGUGACAAAGCUUUUAAGCAUUUCUCAGCCCUUAGAAAACAUAAGGUAAUUCAUACUGGAAAGAAACCCUACCAAUGUGACAAAUGUGGCAAAGCUUUUAACAAUUCCUCAACCCUUACGAAACAUAAGAUAAUUCAUACUGGGGAGAAACCCUACCAAUGUGACAAAUGUGGCAAAGCUUUUAACAAUUCCUCAACCCUUACGAAACAUAAGAUAAUUCAUACUGGGGAGAAACCCUACAAAUGUGAAGAAUGUGGCAAAGCCUUUAGUCAGUCCUCAAUCCUUACUAAACAUAAGAUAAUUCAUUCUGUAGAGAAACCCUACAAAUGUGAAGAAUGUGGCAAAGCCUUUAACCAGUCCUCACACCUUACUAGACACAAAACAAUUCAUACUGGAGAGAAACCCUACUAAUGUGAAGAAUGUGGCAAAGCUUUUAUUCAGUGCUCAUACCUUAUUAGACAUAAAACAAUUCAUACCGGAGAGAAACCUACAAAUGUGAAGAAAGUACCAAAGCUUUUAAGCAAUCCUCACACCUUACUAGACAAAACAAUUCAUACUGGAGAGAAACCCUACAAAUGUGAAGAAUGUGCCAAAGCUUUUUAACCAUCCUUCAACCCUUACUAAACAUAUGAUAAUUCACACUGGGGAGAAACCUUAAAAAUGUGAAUAAUGUGGCAGAGCUUUCAACCAUUUUAUAAACCUUAAUACACAUAGGAUAAUUUAUACUAGAGACAGACCCUGCACAUGUGAAGAAUGUGGCAAAGCUUUUAACCAGUCCUCAAGCCUUACUAGGCAUAAAACAAUUCAUACUGGAGAGAAACCCUACAAAUGUAAAGAAUGUGGCAAAACUUUUUUUUUUUUUUAAUACUUUAAGUUCUAGGGUACAUGUGCACAAUGUGCAGGUUUGUUACAUAGGUAUACGUGUGGCAUGUUGGUUUGCUGCACCCAUCAACUCGUCAUUUACAUUAGGUAUUUCUCCUAAUGCCAUCCCUCCCGCAGCCCCCCACCCCCUGACAGGCCCGGGUGUGUGAUGUUCCCCACCCUGUGUCCAAGCAUUCUCAUUGUUCAAUUCACACCUAUGAGUGAGAACAUGUGGUGUUUGGUUUUCUGUUUUUAUGAUAGUUUGCUGAGAAUGAUGGUUUCCAGCUUCAUCCAUGUCCUUCCAAAGGACAUGAACUUAUCCUUUUUUAUGGCUGCAUAGUAUUCCAUGGCAUAUAUGUGGAAUGUGGCAAAACUUUUAACCAAUCCUCAAACCUUACUAGAAAGAAAACAAUUCAUACUGGAGAUAAACCCAUCAAAUGUGAAGAAUGUGGCAAAGCCUUUAACCAGUCCUCACAGCUUAAAUACGCAUAAGAUAAUUGAUACUGAAGGAAAACUCUACAAAUAUCAUAAAUGUGGCAUAGCUUCUAACCAUUGCUCAGCUUUUACUCAAAAUGAGAGAAUUCCUAAAGAAGAUAAACUCCACAAAUGUGAAUAAUAUGGCAAAGCUUUUGACCGGUCCUCAAAUCUUACUGAACAUAAGAUAAUUCAUGCUAGAGACAAACACUACAAAUGUGAAGAAUGGGCAAAGCUUUUAACCAGUUCUCAAACCUUACUCAAAAUAAUUUAUAGUGGAGAGGAACGCUACAAAUGCAAAGGAUUUGGCAAAACUUUUAAGUGUUUCUCAAAACUUACUGAACACAAGAUAAUUCAUACUAGAGAGAUACUUUACAAAUGUGAAGAAUGUGGCAAAGCUUCUAACGGGUUCUCAAAUCUUACUGAAUGUGAGAUAAUUUAUAUUAGAGAGAAACCCUACAAAUGUGAAGAAUGUGGCAAAGCUUCUAACGGGUUCUCAAAUCUUACUGAAUGUGAGAUAAUUUAUAUUAGAGAGAAACCCUACAAAUGUGAAGAAUGUGGCAAAGCUUUUAACUGGUCCUUAAACCUUACUGAACAUAAGAUAAUUAAUAUUAAAGAGAAACCCUAAAAAUAUAAAAAAAGUGACAAAGCUUUUAACUGGUUUUGAGAACUUAAGAUAGUUUAUACUGAAGACAAACUCUAUAAAUGUGAAGAAUGUGACAAUGCUUUUAAUCAAUUCUCAAACUUUACUAGACAUAAGAAAAUUCAUACUGGAGAAAAACCCUACAAAUGUGAAGAAAGUGGGAACACUUUUAGCCAGUCCUCAACUCUUACUAAACAAGAUAAUUCAAUGGGAGAGAAACCCUACAAAUGUGAAUAAUGUUAUAACCAUUCUAUUUAUGUGUUUACAUGUUUAAUGUUGAAAUAAUGUUUAUUUUUCAUAUUGAUAUUACAAUUUGGAGACAUUUUUCACUCACAAUUUUUGAAGUGGGUGAAUUUCAGUCUACAGUUUUUAUUUUUAGUCACCUCACUGUAGGCAACUCUGGUAAUUUUCUCUGGAAAAAUUUUGGAGACGAAAUUGUAAUGGCUUUCAGGUUAAAACAUUUCCUGUUAUUUUGCAUGCAAACUUGUUUACGGUGUUCAAACAGUGGCCAAUCUUUAGGUCAUAAACAACACCUACCCUUUUAAUGUCUUUCAUACCAUUGCAAUUAGCACCAGAAACUUCUGCUGUCUUAAACUUAAAAUAAAAGCCCUAAUGUACGUUGGCUCCUCCCAUGCACGAUACUGAGUUCAGAACAUGCUGUUAAAUGUCAGAGUUCCUAUGGUUAUGACUGAAAAAUUAAAUGACAAGACAGCACAAAACUAUAUACUUUUGAUAUCAUUUAGCCAAGUUAAUGACAAAGACAGAGAAUAUUUGAAAAAAUUGAUAUCCUUCUAUAAUGUUUUAAAUAUAUAUUUUUCAACUUGACAGAUAAAGCAUGUAUUCUGUAAAACAUGAUGUUUUGAAGUAUAUAUAUACAUUGUCAAACUCUUAAUUUUAGGUAAUUAAUGCUGUACCUCACAUAGUUAACAUUUUUGUGGUGAGAGCACAUGACAUUGUCCUAGCAUUAUUCAAAAAUACAUUACUAUUAACUAUAGACACCAUGCUGUACAACAAGUCUUUUGAAUAUAUUACUUCUAUCUAACUAUAAUUAUGUAUUAUUCUUUGACAAACAUCUUUCUAAAGCCCUCUUUUAAAUACCUUGGCGUCUGGUGGUUACAAUUUUAUUCUGUGCUUCAGUGAAUUUAAGUUUUAUAUCAUUCAUGUUUAGGUGAAAUCAUAAAAUUUUCUUUCUGUUCCUGGCUUACUAAAAGAUAAAUAGAUAAAUUUUAUAUAUAUACUACUUUGUCAGUAUUUAAUCAUUAGAUGUUGAACUGUUGAUUCUAUAUUUUGGCUACUAUGAAGAGUGUUGCAGACAACAUAGAAAUACAAAUAUUUCUCAUUCUGA